GGGCCAUCAUUACACCAUCACUCAGUGGUGCUCCGCUCUGCUCAGCUCAGCGCCCUCCACCAGUCCGCCCCACUCCAUCCCGAGCUGAGCUGAGCCGCCACCAGCACUAGCGGCCAAGCUCUAGACGCCGGCUGCCUCACCGACGAGGAGAGGAUAAUGGAGGCGCUGCGGCGGACGUUGCUGGUGGCGCUGGCGGUGCUGGCCCUGGCGGCGGCGGCGGCGGAGGGGUACAACAUCACCAAGAUCCUGGCCGAGUACCCGGAGUACUCGCAGUUCAACAAGCUGCUGACGCAGACGCGGCUGGCGCAAGACAUCAACAAGCGCCGCACCAUCACCGUGCUCGUCGUGGCCAACGGCGACAUGGGCGGCCUCGCCGGCGGGGGCCGCACGCUGCAGACCAUCCGCCACAUGCUCCAGAUUCACGUCCUCGUCGACUACUACGGCGGCAAGAAGCUCCACCAGCUCGCCCACGGCGUCACCGCAUGCUCCACCAUGUUCCAGGUACCGUACCGUACCAAGUUAUUGCCACCGACCACCCUCCUCCUCGCUCGCCGCCGGCCAGCUGCUAGUCCCUGCUCUUACUAGAAGAGUCGCCGGUAGAUAGCUGCUAGUCUCGGGUCCGAGACGGAGACGCUGACAUGUGGGGACACGCUAUCCUCCUGUCGGUGAGCAUGAAAUUAAGGGAGUAACUUUGUCGGCACCGUCCAUUAGACAGUUUUUUAAGCUUUGAACCUCAGCUUAGAGUCACUGUAUUAGCAUCGUUGGACUCUGGACAGUUCUACCUUUUCAGGUUUUAAAGCUGCACUUAGCUCUAACUAACUGAUUGCAUCUCCUCCUAAAAAACAUUUUCUAUUGUACUACUGUAGAAAGAAAAGAUAAACGUCUAUUCUUGAAAUAGCAGUAUUCAUCGUAUGCUGUUUUAUCCUCAACAUAAACACAUCUUGAAUCCAUUUCCGGGCCAUUUUCCCAGCUGCUCCUUUGAUGUUUGCAGAAAAGCCGUAGCGCCGCUUCAUUAUUGUUCUUCCUUCUUCGUAAUGCAGUAGCAGUUGGUGGUGGAUGGGGUUCCGGAUAGAAUCAUAGAAUAGCGAAAGCUCCCAUCCAUGGUGCUGGAUGCCCUGCCCAAGCCACUAAUCAAAGUUUAAAGCUAGAGAUAUGGUACUCUACCAAGCAAAUAGGGGCCACCCAAAUGUGGAAUUAAUGGCGUCUUUGUACCACUAUCAACAAAUGACAAUGUCGCUUCGCUGAAAAAUACGACCCACUAACUAAUUUUGGUUCGAUACUGACAUGACACACGUCGCUUUCGAGGCUAGGCCUGGCCGGCAAUGGUUUUAUGCACUGAUGUGGGUGCACAUGCACAUGCCCGGCCAGUCUCUAAAUUAUUGGCCUGCGUGAUUAUGAA